AUGAGCAGGGAGUCGAAGGAACCCCACGGGACUCGGGGCUCACUCCGCGUGCGCGCCCUCACCUGGGGCUCCGGGGAGGGGAGAGGAGAGGGGAGAAGGGGGCGGGAGAAAAAGAACGCUAUCGCCUGGGUUACAUCCGGGGCACCGCUCCGGAGUCAACCGGAAGAGAUUCCUAGAACGCUUAGAAACUACCCGGAAGUGGCUUCAUCCGUUUUAGAAGACUUUGUUGGGAAAGAGGGCGGAAAGAAGAACCUAGAAACCAUGGGGGUGACGUCACUCUCUGUGAGCGAAGGGAAUGGUAGUGAGGGCGGAAGUUGCGAUAAACUGGUCGGAAGUAGCUUCUAUCCCUCCUGGCAGUAUUGGGCUGGAGGAGAAGGGUUCAGGGCGGAAGGCGUGCGAGCCGUGACACAAAAGAGGACGCCCUCUAGGACCCAGGAGGAAGCCUCUUUUCGCUCUAGGGCCUGGCCCGAAGCCCAUCCCCGGAAGGAUUUCCUGGUUCCUGGGGUUGGGGGGGUGAGCCAUCAAGAGAUAGGGAAACGACCUCCCCGCCCCGCCCCCUGCACCUGUUCCCACUGUCACUGUCCGGAGGGGCCCUCCCGCCCCCUGCUCUCAGGUUUAGCUACCAUGAAACUGCACCGGAAGCCUGUGCUCAGCUACCUUCGUGGAACAGGAGCCCGGGCCCCAGACCGGGAGGGAAUCUUGCUGAAGAAAGGGACCCGCAAUUCCAGCUACCAACGCCGCUGGUUCAUCCUCCGGGGAAAUCUGCUCUAUUACCUGGAGCACCGAGGGGAUCGGACCCCCCUAGGCCUCAUCUUGUUAGACAACUGCCGGGUGGAGCCCCGGGACAGUAGUGCUGGGCUCUAUGCCUUUGUCAUCCAGGCUUCCUCAGAAGGGGGCCGCUGCUACAAACUGGCAGCGGAGAGCCAGGAUGACUUCCACGGCUGGCUUCGAGCCCUGCUUGGGGCAGGAUGGAGCCAGCUGUGGGAGCUCCUGCAGCCCUUACAGCAACAGUAUCAAAGAGUGUGCCAAGAAGCUGGAGUGGAGCCCCGGACCCCUCCGCAGGAAGACAGACUUCUGGGCCUCCCCGGCUCUCCAGCCCCCUCUGGCUUCCAAGAGCUGCACCAGCGCCUGGGGGAAGAGAUCCAGGCACUUGCCAGGUCCUGGACCACCAGGAGGGCGAGUGGACCACAUGGGGUACGGGCUAGAGGAAGAUGUGGCAGGUGUAGAGCACUCCAAGGGACAUCUGGGACUGACCUGGAAUUGUCUUGGGACAACUAAAAUGAAAUAGAUUCGCACAGCCUGGAAGUGCACUUCAAUAAAAGU